AAAGAGGUGUGACAGAGCCUCUGCUGCUCAAUGUGGGGCUGACCCGCUGCAGUGGCGCAUUAUGGGGCUGUUCACCCUGUGUCAUGGCGGCGCCGGCGGGGAGGCAGUGCGCGCUUCUUCGGGCGGUCGGUGAGGUGGGCGAGAGUGUGCGCGCCGUGUUCAGUUCGCUCGUCCGAUUUCACGAGCAGCUUAAUUUUGGAGAUGAUGUCCUAAAACUGACUGUUGAUUUAUGCAAGCUUCAGUCACUGCCAACACUUAACCUGGAAAAUUUUAGCCAUUUGCUUCAACAGCACAUUCUUGAAUUACAGUGUGUUUCAGACAAGCUGAAUUUAUUGGUAAAAGACGAUACAUCUGGGGCAAGAAGUUCAGUAGAAAAGUCACCUUCUGCAAAGCUUGAUAGUGACUUGAAUUCAACAAUGACUAGCCACAAGCAAGUGUGGAAUCAAUCAAUUAAUCCAAGAACAAAAAUGUUCCAAAAAGAAGCACAAUGUAAACCUGAAGAACAAGAUGAGUCAAAUAUGCAAAGUGGAACAGAAUUGGUCCAGAUCAAAGCAAGCAAAGAUGAAAUCGAAAGACGAAUUUCGGCAUUCAUAGAGAGAAAGCAAGCAGAGAUCAAUGAAAACAACAUCCGUGAAUUCUGUAACGUUAUUAAUUGUAACCAAGAAAACAGCUGUGCCAGAACAGAUGCUGUUUUUACACCACAUCCUGGUUUCAAAAGCCAUAUAAAAGUCUCAAGAGUUGUAAAUAUGUAUGGGCCUCAAACAAGAACUGAAAGUGAAGGAGAAUCUGCCCAAAAACCUAAUUCUGUGACACAAAACUGUGGUAACCCAGCUAUUGAAGAGAGGCUUCAAAAUAUGGAAGCUCAUUUGAAGCUUCCACCAGGUGGUCCAGUUCCAAUGGAUGUUUACCAAAGGAUCAAAAAACUUGAAGAUAGAAUUCUUCAUUUGGAAGGUCUUUCUCCAGAAUAUUUUCAACAUGUGAAUCUUCCAAAUAAAAGGCGUAAAGUUCAAGAAACAGUGCAGGGCUACAGCCUAAUAGAAAUUGACGAGAAGAUUAAUGCAUUGAAGGCUGUGCUACUGCAGAAAGCAAGUGGCCAAGCUCAGUCAAUGAAAGCAAACAAGAUGUCUACUUAAGGUCAAUUUUAUUGUUUUAGAACUAGCCGAAUGAUUCAAUGUGAUGCCUUUUUAUUGUGUUUGUUUCAGAAAAUAGCUUGCCUAUUAAACUGUAUUAAAUUAUUUUGUACAAAGUAUUAUAUAGAAACAUGACUGUUGAUACUAAGUCGCUUUAAUGAUAAAAAGAUCAAAUCAGAACCAAAUGAUUUGAAUAGAGCACAUUUUAGGUAUCCAGCGUUCAUGUAAAUAUUUGUGUUAAUUUUGUGUAGAAUGUUGGUACAAUAAAAGUUUGUUUUUAUUCUGUG